AUGGGCCCUCGUCCGACUCCGUCUGCGUCUGCUACGGGUUUCAACGGCUAUCCUGCUGAACGCCCUUUCGCGACUAGGGAGCCUCUUCCUCUUCCUACCCAGCCUCCGUACACCGCGCACAUCGGCAACCUUUCCUUCGAUGCGACUGCCGCAGAUGUUGAGGAUCUCUUCGCGGGUUGCGAUGUGACCAACGUCCGUAUUGUGGAGGAUAAAAUGACAAAGAGUCCUAAGGGAUUUGGCUACGUCGAAUUCGACAACGUUGAUGGUUUGAAGAAGGCCCUGGACCUGUCUGGUGCUACGCUGCAGGGCAGAUCGAUCCGUGUCAGCAUUGCGGAGCCUCCCAAGGAACGUGAUGUCAAGGAAUUUGACUGGACCCGCAAGGGCCCUCUGCCCGGCCCCGAGCCCACUCAGCGCCGUGUUCCUGACCGCUCCACUUUCGGACGCGCCUUGGACAACCUUUCCGACGCUGGCAGCGACCGUCCACCUCGCCGCAACUUUGAAUCUGACGGCAAGCCUCGCGAUUUCGGCAACUGGGAGCGUAAGGGUCCUCUUUCUCCCGUCGGUGGUGCUCCUAGGGAGGGUGGCCGUCGCAGCUCGCCUGCCUGGGGCGAAGGACGCUCUCAGGAGGGCUCCAGACCCCCGCGCCGUGAACUCCAGGAACGUACCCCCACUGCCGCCGAACUUGACAACUCGUGGAGAUCGAGGAUGCGGCCCGACCAACCCAGCAACCCCCCUUCGCCCGCUGCUGCUCCUGCGGCCCCUGCGGCCCCUGCCACUCGUCCCAAGUUGAAUCUCCAGAAGCGUACCGUUACGCAGGAAGUCCUCAGCCCCGCUGCCAGUACCGAAUCUAAGGCAAGCCCGUUUGGCGGUGCGAAGCCAAUCGACACUGCUACUCGCGAGAAACAGGUGGAGGAGCGCCGCCAGAUUUCGCUCCGCCAGAAAAAGGAAGCCGAUGAUAAGGCCAAGGCGGAGAAGGCGGAGAAGCAGAAAGCUGCUAAGGAGCAGGCUAAGGCUGAGAAGCCCGACUCGAACGGAAAGGACGGUGCCGAGGUGCCUCAGGGUGGCAAGAACUUUGACAUCCUCCGACGCGCCGGUGAGGAUGAGAGUGGAAUGGCCGCUGAUCAGGAUCCCGCCGAGGAAGCUGCCAAAGCCGCUGCUGCAUCGCAGGAGGCUCCUGCCGCUCAAUCCAACGGCAACUGGAGAAGCGGACCGGCCGAGGCCGAAGCUGCUGGUGACGACGAGGGCUGGAGCACCGUUAGCACGCAAAAGCGUAAUAACCGCCGUGGAGGUCGCGCACUUGCAUAG